GAAGGAAGUCAAUUGGAUCAAGCUUGAUCUGAAGUUAGAUCUGAGCCUGUAAUUCCCUGUUUACUGUGCAAAAUCUGCAUGGUAUUAGCCCAACCCCGCACAAUGCAAUGGAGAUUUAGAAAUGGCGAAGAUGCACAGUCACAUUUUGCCGAAUGUUUGUAUCUAUUUAAGGUUCUAUAGUGUCUCUGUAUUACAACCCACAUAUAAUUUAUUUUUUAUCUAUACUUUGAGAUAGCUAUCUAUCACUCAUAAUGAAAUCGCUUCAUUAUCUCGCGAUUUUGGCUGUCUCGCUCUUCAGUAGCAUCAAUGGAAAUCCGACAGUCCUUACUUCUCGAGCUACUUGUACCGUUCAACCCAGUUUGAACGGUACGGAUGAUGCUCCUGCUAUUCUAUCUGCAUUUAAAACAUGCGGUAAGGAUGGUACUGUCGUCUUCCUCAAUCAUACAUAUACCAUCAAUAGUAUCAUGAACACCACGGGACUGUCCAAUUGCAACAUAGAUAUCUAUGGAACACUAUUGUGGUCCACAAAUAUAACCUACUGGCUGAACCACUCCAUGGCUUUCGGCUAUCAAAACCAAACUUCAGCAUGGUGGCUCGGUGGCGAUAACAUCAACGUGAACGGAUACGGAUACGGGACUUUGGAUGGCAAUGGACAAGCUUGGUAUGAUUUUGUCAAGGGAAUUUCGAACUAUCCAAACAGACCUCACGCGCUUACGAUAUGGAAUGCGACGAAUUCUGUAUUCAAAGGGUUACGAUUCGUGCAGAGUCAGAUGUGGACCAUGACAGUCUUCAAGUCCUCCUCGAUUCUCCUCCAAGACAUCUACGUGAAUAGUACUUCCUCUUCCGGCAGUCCCUCGCGUAACACAGACGGUGCAGAUACCAUCUACAGUGACAAUAUUCACUUUGAUCGCUGGACAGUUGUUAAUGGUGAUGAUAGCAUAUCUAUGAAAGCUAAUAGUACCAACAUAUUAAUCACAAACUCCACUUUCUACAACGGGCUGGGAGUCGCAAUAGGUAGUAUUGGACAGUACAAGGGUGUAUACGAGAGUAUUGAAAAUGUGACGGCGACGGGAAUCGUAUUUUACAAGACGUUGCAUGGAGGAUAUGUGAAAACGUGGACUGGAGAGCAAGUGGGAUAUCCACCCAAUGGUGGAGGUGGGGGUUUGGGAUUUGCGAAAAACAUAACAUUUGAAAAUUUCUCCUUCCAUUCCUUAAGGGGACCACCCUUCUCUAUUUCACAAUGUACGACGUUCUCUGGCACAGUAGGAAAUUGUUCUUCGUCAGCGUUUCAACUAAGCGAUCUGAAUAUGUACAACAUAUCCGGCAGCAUGACGAAUCCUAUAACCAGUUUCCAAUGUAGUGCUGUCGCCCCUUGCACAGACAUCACUAUGGAAAACAUCAACGUCGUAGAUGCGAAUAAGACGGCUGGUGUAGGGUAUAAAUGUACAAAUGUAGUUGGAACGACAGGGUUCACUUGUACGGGCCGUACUUGAAUUUACGAAAAUGAUGAAGAAUUUGUGGGUCUCCCUAUAAGGACAUCGGGAGAAGAGACAUUCAUGAGAGUUUUGGGAUACGACCUGGAAGAAUGAUGGAUUAGCCGAAUGGAUUGAGAUAAAUAUAUUGCUUAGGUGCAUUCAGUAACUCUUUACUAACUGGAGGAAACUCUAGCACAACUCAGAAUGCACCUCUAAUAAGUAUGCACAUCACUUUGUGGCCGUACAGAAUAAUUGAGAUGUACACAAUAGAACACUGCAUAUGCACUGCCGGGCUACCAUUGAACCCAUCGGUGUCGACUCCGAGAUUCUCGUAUGGCCUAUCAAGAAUGAUUGUCCUAUGUGAUUGAAAGAAUCUAAUUAGUCGUGCCA